ACUGUGAAGUUUGCCAAUUUUACAAAACAGUUUCAUGUUGGCAGUCAACAACUUCCGCCCAUCGGAAGUAAAUUCAUUUAUGUUUACAUUCUCAUUUAUUUGGAAAAAACGUUUCACCAUCGUUAAAGAAUAUGAAAGGAAUCCCUAUCGUCGAUAAUUAGAUCUCAUUUCAACCGCUUAAGUUCAUGCAAUAUCGUUGCAAAGAUUCUCAUUAUUUGGGAGGCUGAGUUUGACAAGUGGAGUUGACACUUUUAACGAUUGAGUGUUGACAGAUGUGAAUCACGUCGAGUGUGCAUUAUGAGUCAAUACCAAACGGUUACAGCUAUAGGAUAGAAAUAAGAAAUUAAUACACAAACAUAAUGGCAGAGAAUUUGCGCCCAUCAGAGUUAGAAUUUCAGGAGAGCUUUGACGGAGACAUUUUGGAAAACACAGGUGAUACUCCCAUCUCAGACUUCCAGGACCCAGAGCUCGAGUUCGAUGAGGGAGGCCUGGAGCUAGCUGCCAAGGAAGCUGAGUUAGAUAUAGAGGCUGAACUAGAAGGAGAGAUAAACCAUAACAGUGAUAUCUCGUACGGCGGCCCGGUUCUCAACUGGGACAUUGGAGAAGAGCUGACCCGGAACAGUGCGGGAGGCAGUUCCCCGUUCCGUGGGGGUGGCUCCAUCACGCCCGACGGCCUCAUAGAAGAGGAUUACGAGGAGGAGAUUGGCAGACCCAUUGAUGAGGAGGAGCCACCAGUGGACGAAGAGUACCACGAUGUGGCACGGCACGGAAUUAUCGAGGUUGCCGGGGACGACUUGUAUGGACGAAAGAUCAUUAUCUUCUCUGCCUGUAAACUCCCGCCCAAGUCAGACCUAGACCAUGGCAGGCUUCUAGAGUUUAUGAAGCGUACAGUGGACCCGUACGUGGAGAUGGACUAUGUGAUAGUGUACUUUCACCACGGCCUCACGAGCCGAAACAAACCACGCCUCUCAUGGAUGGUCCAAGUCUACAGGGAACUCGACAGGAAAUACAAGAAGAACCUCAAGGCCCUGUACAUUGUCCACCCCAGCAACUUCAUCAAGAUUCUCUGGAAUAUCUUUAAGCCUCUCAUCAGUGCCAAGUUUGGUAAAAAGCUGAUGUAUGUCAACUAUCUUCAUGAGCUAAAAGCCCAUCUACACUUUGACCAGCUCAAAGUGCCACCGCUUGUUCUUAAGCAUGAUGCCAAUAUUGUGUCCACCCAGAAGCCUGCCUACCCGUACACUGGAGAGGUACAGAGAAACAAUAGUUCUCUUAAGACACAACAGUUUGGCGUAACCCUUGACAUGAUCAAAACUAACUACAACCAGGUAAUUCCACCAGCAGUACAGCAGACGGUCGAGUUCCUGCGGGGAAAUGCACUCGACUCUGAGGGCAUAUUCCGUCGGUCAGCCAAUGCAGCCAUACUGAAGCAGGUCCAGCAGAGACUUAAUCAUGGGGAGAUAGUUAACUUUGAGGAGUUCAAUGACGUGACGAUCGCUGCGGUUACCUUGAAAACAUUCCUGAGAGAGCUCAAAGAACCAAUACUCACGUUUGAACUGUAUGAACCAAUAGUCAGGCUGCAUGGCCAGGAUAAGGACCGUAAACUGCAGGAGGCCCGGCGUAUGUUACGAGAGGAGUUACCAGAGGAUAAUCGCAUAGUGCUCAAAUACAUCGUGGACCUCCUUGUUGAGGUUGCUGCCCACUCAGACAAGAACAAGAUGACAUGUACGAACCUGGCAAUCUGUCUCGGUCCCAAUCUGAUUUGGCCACGUGGUCAGGUUUCCCUCCUCGCUCUAGGGCAUUUCAACACCUUUACACUUCUACUUCUGGAAAACUUUGACACUCUCUUCCCACAGGAGUCCUAGUUUCACGGGACAGUCACCAGCCAAGCAAACAGGGACUGGCGUGGGAACCAACAGGGGGAAUAGGGAUGGUGUCAGCCCUCUAUGGUGGUCUGGCUUAGCCCUUAGUGACAUUGUACCUGUAUUGGUGAUGGAGGGAGAAGCUGACUAACCAAUAGAGCUUCUCUGUAUAGAUGACAUGUACUUUGACAUUUACUGAGGCCAGUCAGGUUAAGGGCUUCAUGGGCUGGUCUGCAUUCCUAAGGCUGGAUUCCUGUUAGGUGAUGUAUAUCACAUCAUAUUCCUUGUUAUUGACACUUCUACACAAAUACCAAUGGCAGCACAUUUCAGUUGUGCACUUGAAGGGUUUUAUGCAGGUUGUUUAAAAGGGCAGGGGCUGCAGAAAAGGGACAGGGUGCUUAGGGAGAAGAGGGCAUAUUGUGUCGGGCUGUAAAGAAUUUUAAUUGCCAAACACAUAAAGUUUGUAUGUAUUAAUAAUCUUAUAAGUUUAAAGUAAAACAAAACAAAUAUUUGAAAGUCUUAAAUAUAUAAUUAUAUAAAGGUAGAGCGGUGCCCAAGCUGGUCUUAAUGAGGGAAGAAGGUCUAUCUAUCUAAAAAAUACAAGAGGCAGCACCCUUCCACAACUCUGCAGCUUAACCCCGAGUAGUUCAUGUCUUACUGAGGAUUGUUUUCACUUGUUAAAGUAGAUAGUGAUUAUUCAUAUUUAGUGAUAAGUAUAAUGUUUGACUUAUAAAUAUUGUAGAAGUGUUGAACAGAGUUAAAUGUUUUAGGUGCUCUGAAUGAUGUGUUCAUGUUAGAUUUUCCGAGGUUCGAGGUUUUGUUUCCCAAAUUGCCUUCACACUUUAGACAUAUCAGCUAUAUGUUGUGUGCAUUGGUGAACAUCGGUCAUCAACUGCAGCACACUAGUGUAAAUCAUCUGGUUUUCUGCUGGGGUUUAUUUUUAUAAUUAUGGAACAUGUAUAUUGCUUGUUAACUUGUCAGAUUGGGUUUGCAAAGAAAAGGUCAUGGUAUUGUCCUACCUCAGGUUUCUUUGCGAAUUUUUUUUAUCUUCUGCAAUAACUAAAAAACUAUGGAAAAUGUUCAAAUGAAAUAAGUGCUUUAGUUGAUCAGGUAAUAUACCUAAUUAUGUAUAUCAAGGACCAUAAGUCCGGUAAAACUAUUUGUAGAAUUAUGAUUGUUUGACAGAGAGAAAUGGGAAUACACUGGAAUCCGCUGGCAGUGCUAGGGUCCUGAAGUUUGUAUUUUUUCUAAAGGAAACUAUUUUGCUAACCUUUCCUUUUAUUAAUUAUUCAUUGGUAUUGAUUCAUUUUGUGCUAUUAAUAGUUGAAGUAGAAAAAACAUGUUUUUACAACUUUUUUCUUAACCCAUAAACACUUUGAUAAAAUAUACAUUGUUUAAUUUGACAAAUACCAUUUUAAAAACUAGGUCAUCAUUGUAUAAUAACCACUCACCCCUGUUCAAAACAUUGAAGUAGUUUGUACAGGAAUACUUUUGCAUGAGAUUCUUGUUCUAAAUGUUGUAUGGCAAUGAAAUCCACUAUUUUUCUGUUGUUUAUUUUUAGGUGACCUUGUUUUAAACAUUCCAUUGGUGAACACAAAUUUUGGUCCAAUUAGUCUUAAUGUGCGUACGAACACAUAUUAUAUAAAAUUCCUCCAUUUGCAUUCUGUUUAAAUGCAAUGAAUUUGAAGGAAACAAUUUUCAUUAUGGGUUCUGUGCUUCAACUUUGGGACAGCUGGAAAGUGGGAUGCAGCACCAGUAGGUGGAAAUCUCAGUUUUUUCAAACUGUAUUCAGAUUUGAAAUCCUUUUUAAUCUAAAAAGCCUCUUGUUUUCAACACAAAAAAAUAAUUUCUGCUGUAUAAGGUACUUAAUUAUCUACCUGAUAUUAGUCUUUUGCUUUAAAGGCUAAACUCCUAACACAUACAUUGUACUGGAUUGUAAAUGAAAAAAACUCUGUCAGGAUAUUCCCACCAAACUCAACUCCUAUCACAUACAAUGUAUCAUCACCUUAUUUCAAUAACUCAAUAUCUGCUUCUAUGUCUAUAUUAAGUUAAGGAGUUAUAGCACCAAGGUUAUGAAUUGUUAACACUCCACCAGAUAUUUCCACCUGGCUCCUGUUUCAGAACCCCCAGUUUUUAGCUCGACUAUUUAAAGAAUAAGGAGAGGUAUACUACUCCCCUUAGUGUCUGCGUCACACCUUGGUUAAGGUUUUGCAUGUAAGCACCUUCAAGUCUAUCUCAGCAAAUCCAUCAAGUGAUGCAUUGAAUAUUUAGACAUGUAUUCCCAACUAUCUAACUCUAAUUAAUGAAUUUAGAUAACACUAAUUUGAUUACAUGCAAAUAAUGGGCCUUUAUUAUUAUUAGAAAUUCUUAUUAAGGUUUUGCAUGCAAGUAACAUAGGUUAAUAUCUCAGCAACAACUUGAUGUAUUGCAUUGAAACUUUAUACAAUGGUACUCAACCAUCCAACCUAAUUAAAUAAAGUAAGAUAACACUAUCUUGCAUAGAAUGCAAAUUAUGGCCCGUUUUUAUUCUAAUUAUGGCCCGUUUUUAUUCAACUAAGGAAUUCUGGUUAAGGUUUAGCAUGUUACUACAUUUAAGUCAACAUCUCAGCAAAUACAACAUGUAUUGCAUUGAAACUUUUGACAUUUGUUAUCAACCAUACAACCUGCUUAAUUAGUUAGAUAACUCUAUUGUGCAUGAUGCAAAAAAAAUUCCUAUAUUUAUAUAUUUGAUAAGGAAAUUUGAGUUAAGGUUUUGCAUUUAAUCUAAUUUCACACUGAUCAAUGCAGUAAAAAUGUUUCACUAAAACUUUGCAAUCUUUAAACUGAAAAAGAGGCGGAAUCGUCGAGCAUGCCGUCUCAGUGACAGUACUUUGUCUACAGAGCUCUACCUUUCUGCUUGUCAUGACAUUUAUAUCCUAUGUGAUCAUAAUUUAUUUAUAUUUUUAUUUGUUUGCUUCAAACAUAAUCAUGUUCAGAUUGUACCCUUCAGUAUCACACUAUAAUGGAUCUAAUCACUGGGAAUGAUGAGGCUACAGUUUUUCUUUCAUGUAGACUCAAGACCUCCUAUGAUUUUGAUUGUCUAGUUCAUAAAACUGAAAAAAGUCAUACUUGUAUGUACAUAAUUUUACAAUAAUGGCUUCUAUAGCUUAAUAAUCCAUGUAAGUAGUAAACCAUAAACAUUUCGUAUAUGUUCCCAUGAACAUUUUGUAUAUGUUCCCAUGAACAUUUUGUAUAUGUUCCCAUGAACAUUUUGUAUAUGUUCCCAUGAACAUUUUGUAUAUGUUCCCAUGAACAUUUUGUAUAUGUUCCCAUGAACAUUUUGUAUAUGUUCCCAUGAUUAUGUUGGUUCCAUAUAAAUCUGAUAUAGAUGUAAAUGUUAAUGUACAUUAUAAGUAACCAUGUCUGUGUAUCACUGUGGUGUAAUGUUUUUUGUUCUAAUUAUGUGUUUUGAGCAACACCCUGCUUGUUAAAUGAUUAAUAUAAAAUACAAUUGUUGACAAUUUUCA